AAUUCAGUACAUGUUUCCGUGGGACUGUAAACAGUGUAACAAACAUUUCCAUGUGGUUCACCGUUCGCCCCGGCGUCAGUAUUGGUAGCUAACGAAAGCAAAGUGUGGAUGAUUUUUUUGUUGUCUCGUAUCGGUGCGGAAAGACAAUGCCGAUUUAAGAUCUUCUGAACUGCGUUCCAUGGAUGGAAGCUGAACUUUCAGUAUGACGCAUGAAAACAUAUUACAUAGAGAUUGGUAUGCUAUACUUGAUGCCAGUCCUUCAGAUUGCGUUCAAGAGCUGAAACAGAAGUACCAGAGAUUGGUUCUGCUGUAUCACCCGGACAAGCAGGGCCCCGGCGCGGCGGCGGGGGAAGUGGAGCAGCGCUUGCAGAGGUUCAUUGAAGUCGACCAGGCGUGGAAGAUCCUGAGCAACCCGGAGACCAAGACAGCCUAUGACCUCCAGCGCCGCGCCCAGGAGCUGAAGCAGAACUGGCCUGUCGAUGCCCACAUCUCUCUGGACGACAUGGACUGGGAUGAUGGUGAGCAGGUGUACAGGUACGGCUGCCGCUGUGGUGGAGAGUUCAUCAUCGGGAAAGAGGAGACUGAGGAAGAGGAGGAGUCUGUGGUCUGCUGUGAUACCUGCUCCCUCAGUAUAGAGGUCAAAAUGGCCGCCUGAGGGACCGAACAUCACUGUGGACAUCCUGGUUUUUAAUGAGCGCACUACAACUAUGAGUGGACUCAAACGUGGGUUUUGGUGAAACCAAGAGGAAAGUAGUGGCUUAAACUAUCAAUACUUUUAAAGCUUGGGUACUUGGAAACUAUAAAUACAUGUCAUUUGGCUGACGCUUUUAUCCAAAGUGACUUACAGUUGAUUAGAAUAAGCAGGAGACAGUCCUCCCUUGGAGCAAUGCAGGGUUAAGGGCCUUGCUCAAGGGCCCCAACAGCUGUUCAGAUCUUUUGGCUACACCGGAGAUUGAACCACUGACCUACAGGCCACCCUUAUAACUAUUUAUUUUUCCUUUUUUCCCCCCCUCUUGAAUUUAUGUUUGCUUUUAUUUCACAGUUGAAUGAAAGGACUGCUUUUUGAACAGUCUCUUCCAUGUUCAGUACACGUAUGUGAAAAAAAUGGAAUAAAAAGACAUCCAUUGUGUAUAAAUAAGCAUUUAUUUAAAAAUGUUCGAGCAGAUUUAUUUACAGAACAAAGUGAACAGUCAGCUGCUUUUUGCAAUUCUUCCAUUUGGACUUUUCUUCAAAGUGCCAAUGUCAUGUGGAGGCCACAGCUGCAAGAUAAAUAAAUAUGGUUAUAUAUAUUUGAUAGUCA